UUAUAAAAUGUAAUAAAAAAGAUUUACACGAAGACCAACUGCCCUGCCUUUUCAUGUUGUUACAAUUAUUUCCCAGUUUAUUUUUAGUUGGCAACAGUUUAAAAUCAAUCUAGCGUCCUUGACAUUGAUUAGUUUAUCGUGAAAAUCUCCGAUAUUUCGAAAAUGUCUUCAAAUAAAGCUCUAGUUUAUUAUAUAGUUGCCAGUUUACUCAUUUAUCACAGAGUUAACAGUUACAAUUUCUUUGGAAACCGCUCACAGUAUAGGUGUAACUGUGUCAACGGAUGCCUCGAAGAUGGAAGCUGUAAAUAUAAAAAUUAUGGAUGUCAAGAGAAUUAUUUCGGUCAAAGCUGUCAGUACGUUGAUGUGGCCUCCAUGGCCAAGAAAAAUACAGUGUAUACCGAUAGAAACUAUAGCACAUGCUAUAGUAACGACAUACCUAUUGAGUUUGAGUAUAGCUACAAGGUGACGUUUUCUUUCGUGCAGCUUAUUGUGAUGGAAUUGGCUUUGACAUCAAGCUACAAACACAAUGAGAUCGUCUUGCAUUUCAAACAUGAUCAGACUUGGAUCACUUGUAAACAUCAGGAAAUCUGGGAAAUCGAUACCAAAAUGACGAGAAUUUUCUGUUUCGAUCAGACUAUUGUUUUCGAUAAAGUCGUCAUUAGCGGACCGGGUCUCCCGUAUGUCUGUGAAGUUUACAUAAGUUUAGGUCGAAACAUUGGACUAAAACAAUUUGUGAAAGUUAAAAUCGAUAGUGGGGAGGAUAUUGUUCCCGCCAAUGAUGGCAACAUUGAGAGUUGCUAUAAAUCGAAGAUACAGAAGCCUUUACAGGAGCUGACGUUUUACACCCCAUCAUGGGUAUAUUAUAUUAAUGCCUUCCGGACGUUCAACUUGAGGAUCUACCCCUUCUAUGGGAUUGACGAAUACCAAAUGGAAAGGUUUUCUGUAAUGAUGGAGCUGCUCAAUGGGAGUACGACCAACAUAGCUGAUGUCACGGACACCAACAGCCAAGUCAACAUCCCACUAUACAUCAGUGAAAUUAGGUCCAUCAAGAUCAAUAACGCGACCAUCAAUGCGGUCAACUACUACAACCUAAAUUUCUGCGAGGUGGAACUCUAUGGCGACUGUAAACAAAGCACAUAUGGUCUGGACUGUGAUAAAAGGUGUCACUGCCCUGAACAAAGAUGCGAUUCUGAUGGUUACUGUUACAUGUGUGAAGAGGUCAACGGCAUAAACGUCUGCCGAAAAACCUGUCAGCAAUGCGCAUCUCCAUGCAGCCCCUCAGGAGAGUGUAUUGAAUGUAAGCCUGGCUUUAAAGGACUCCAUUGUGUGCAAUUGUGUGCCAACUGCGGUGGAACAUUCCGAUGUGAUCGAGAAAGUGGUGUUUGCAGCAAAGUGGGUGGCUGCGUUACUGGGUUCAGUGGCGACCUCUGUGACAAGACAUGUGGCUCUUGUGAUGGAGGCGCUUGCGACAGACAGACUGGAGCGUGUCUUCACUACAAAUGUCAAGCGAAAUACAGGGGACUAAAGUGUGACCAAAAGUGUUCUCAUUGUUCAGUUGAUGGAAGCUGUGACAUGUUGACUGGAAAUUGUACAUUUGGAUGCAUCCAUGGAUAUAGGGGCGACGUCUGUUUACUAGAAUGUUCUAAUUGCGCAGGCGACAGUUCAUGUGAUCGAUUUAACGCAUCAUGUAACAGUGGAUUGUGUAAUCCUGGAUUUAAAGGGGCAGAUUGUAGUGAUGUGUGUACGAACUGCGCUGGCAAAGGUGAGUGCCAUAUCAAAACUGGAGCAUGUCUGUCGGGGUGUAAUCCUGGAUUUAAAGGAAGUCAUUGUUCUCAAACUUGUGAACACUGUAUCAACGGGACAUGUUACCCUGAUAACGGCACAUGUACAAUCGGAUGUCUGAAAGGUUUCUACAGACAUGAUUGUGAAAGAACAUGCGCACAUUGUAUUGAUAACAAUGGAUGUCAUAACGUCACCGGCCAAUGUUUCAAGGGAUGUGAGAACGGCUACUACUCACCGACCUGUAAUGAAGUGUGCGGUUACUGCGCUGGAGACAAAUCCUGUGACAGAGUUACUGGCAAAUGUUCGUCAGGAUGCAAGGCUGGUUAUACAGGGGAUUACUGCAAAGAGACAGUGAUCGAGGAGACGGAGACUGAAUCAGUUGUGCUGUUUUACGUGACGUUCUUGAUCAUGAUUGGCAUAGUUUUCUUUUUCCUCUUCUGUUCGCAGAAGAUCUUCUGGUACUGUAGUUUGACUGGGAGAGAUAGUCAAGAUUCUAAACAAAAGAUACUGAAGAACAGUCAGAUGACCACCAGCUCAGAAUUCUUCAGCGGAGACAGCAGAGAGGAGUCGUUCCUAGAGAAAUAUGCAUUUCUGAAAUAAUAGCCCACUUUAAACGACACGCUUUUGAAAAACGGGUUUCAAUGGUUCCUAGCGGCUUGGUUAGAGGCUAUCCAUGUCCUGUACAGUUGCAUUAACUUUUAGCCUAUAUAUGCACACUUUCUAAGCCACUCACUAUUCCUUUAACCUAGUAAAACACAUACGCUUUGAUAUUCAUCUCACAUCCCAAAAUCCUUCACACACACACACAAUGAUACUCCUCUCACAUCCCUAAAUCCUUCACACACACACAAUGAUACUCCUCUGACAUCCCUAAAUCCUUCACACACACACACAAAAUGAUACUCAUAUCACAUCCUUAAAUCCUUCACACACACACAAUGAUACUCCUCUGACAUCCCUAAAUCCUUCACACAAACACAAUGAUACUCCUCUGACAUCCCUAAAUCCUUCACACACACACACAAUGAUACUCAUCUCACAUCUCUAUAUCCUUCACACACACACACAAUGAUACUCCUCUCACAUCCCUAAAUCCUUCACACACACACACACAAUGUAUACUUAUCUCUCAAUCCCUAAAAAACUCGAUUUAUACAAACACACUUGUUAAUCCACUCACAUGCCCAAAAUACUGCACACAUACACACACACACACACAAACACACACAUCACGCUACUCCUCUCACAAUCCAGAAAAACCUGAACACACAAACACACAAACACACGAUGAGUUACUUUGAUCUUUUCCAAUAUAUUCUGUAGUUAACACUAUAAGAUGUGUUUGUUUGUUUGUUGAGCGCAGUUAACUUCAUUUUCUAAUCAUUAUUUGUAAAUCAUCCGGCGCCUCAUGGUAUCGAGCUCAUCUUGUUGUACUACUGCAAUUAUUGCUAAAUAUAACUACAU